AUGACUUCAGAAAAUACAGAAAAUACCCAAUUUGUAUUAUCCAGUCAACAAAUUCCUUUAACUAAUUCACCAAAACCUCUAUUUAGUGAGUUAUGUCGAUUCUUAGAGAUUGUGACAAAAGAAAAGGGGGAUGUUAAAAAACAUAAAUUAGAAAGUUUUUUUAAAAAUUGGAGAAGAAGAUAUGGAAAUGAUGUUUACCCAAUUAUGCGAUUAAUACUUCCCCAUGAAAGAACAAAUUAUGGUAUGAAAGAAAGUGUACUUGCCAAGACGUACAUAAACGUUUUGGGAUUAUCAAAAGAUUCAGUUAAUUCCGAAAGAUUAAUUCAUUGGAAAAUGCCUGGUAGUCAUAAAUAUAAAACAGCUGGUGAUUUUGCAACGGUGGCAUUUGAAGUGAUAGCACCUCGAUCCACAGUAACUGGACAUGGAAAAAUGUCAUUAGAAGAUUUAAAUAAUCGAUUAGAUAUUUUGAAUGCUGCUAGUGGACAAAAUGUGAUUCGUCAUUUCUUUACUAAUUAUACUCCUAUAGAACAAAAGUGGAUCAUUCGAAUUAUUUUGAAAGCACUUAACAUAGGAUUAAGUGAAAAAACAAUUUUCCAAGUAUUUCAUCAAGAUGCAUCAGAUUUAUUUAAUCCAAUGCUGGCGAAACCAAUUGCAAUUCAAAAUAUUAUUAAAUUGAUGAAUGGUGAAAAAUUUUGGAUAGAAGAAAAAUUGGAUGGAGAGAGAAUGCAAUUACAUAUGAAAAAUGGUAGAUUUGAAUACUAUUCAAGAAAAGCCACACAAUACACGUAUAUGUAUGGAGCAAAUAAAAAUGAAGGAUCGUUGACAAGAUAUUUAUUUGAUGUAUUUCAUCCAAGAAUAAACGAAAUUAUUCUUGAUGGAGAAAUGGUAGCAUAUGAUGAAUCCUUAGACACAUAUCUUAAUUUUGAAAAACGACAUUCUUGGCUUAAAUCUUUAAUCACCGAUAAACCGGGACAUAUUAAAGUACUUGAACAUAAGUAUGGAAAUGAAACUAGUGAUUUAACUAGUGCAUUAGAUGAGGCUAUCUUAUCAAGUCGUUACGUAUUAAAUGAACGUGCAGAUUAUGGAAAAGGAAAGCGAGCAAAUACAUUUGGUAGUUUUAUGUGUGCAUUAAGGGAUAAUAAUUCACCUGAUGACAAACCGAGAUAUGAAAGAAUUCGUGAAGAGAAAGAUUGGAAAUCAUCUACUACUUUUGAAGAAAUGAUGAAUUUAAGAUCACAAUCAUCGAGUAAAUCACAAUCAAAAAAGGUCACCGAAGAUAAUAUGAGAGCUGGUUUACUAGAGACUUAUGUUUCUCGUGAUCUCGUGGUGGAAAGUAAAUCUGAAAUAUUUAAAGGCAUGGAAUUUCGACAUUCUAAAGCAGAUUUUGAACAUAUGAUCAAAGAACAUGGUGGAAAAUAUUUUCAACAUCCUGAUGCAUCUCCAAAUAUUCGUAUUAUCGCUGAUUCAAUGAACAUCCGUGUUAAUAAUAUAAUAAAGACAGGAAAACAUGAUGUUGUCCAUCCACAAUGGAUUUUAGAUAGUGUGGAAAAAAUUCAAUCUAUUCCUUUACAACCAAAAUAUAUGCUUUUUACUUCGGAACCCACCAAACAAGAAUUUAGUGUAAGAAUGGAUGAAUUUGGUGAUAGUUUCACAACUCCCAUUGAAGAUAUCGAUUCUUUGAAAGAGAUAUUUGAUAGAAUUCCAGUUGACAAUAAUAUUAAUAAUAACAAGGGUGAAGAUAAAAAACGCCGUCGUGAAUUAAGUGAUGAAAUUGAAUUCCGAUAUUUUGAAAAUGAAGGUUUACCUCUUGGAUUAUUUCGACAUUGUGUUAUAUAUCUUGAUUACCCAUCUCAAAGAACUAAGAGGAGAAGAGAGAAUGAUGAAGAAAUUACGGAAAGUGAUGAAAAUAGUGAAAAUAUUGAAAGUGAUGAAAAUGUGAAUAAUGUGGUGGAAUGUGAAGAAGUAAUUGAUGAGUUAUGGGCUUUGCGUGAAGGAUGUUGUGAUAAUUUACGACUUAUAGAAUACAUAUUACGAUUUCAUGGUGCACAAAUUAUAGAUGAUUAUCAUCAUUCAAAUAAAAUUUCUCAUGUUAUCUUUGAAGAUAAUGAUUUAAGUCGAUUAAAUGAAAUCAAAGAAUAUUUUCGUGAUAAUUAUAGAUUUUCGCUUCAACCGAAAUUUGUACGUUCGGCGUGGGUUAUUAAUAGUGAAAAUAUAGGUGCAUUAUUAGAAGAAGAACAUUUUGAUCCUUCUCACUUGAUUAAUGAUUAA